AAGAAGGAAGUAUCUCCUUCAAUUCCAGAUUCAGAAACCCUAGUUUCCUCCCACUUCAAGCAAACACACACAAUUCUUUUUCCUCUCGUCGUCUCAUAGAGUCAAGAGCUGCUCGGAAUCUUUCGGUUCUUCUCUCGCGAGGUUAUAUAAGAAGAUGUCACGUGUGUACGUUGGAAACUUGGACCCGCGAGUUACUGAGCGUGAACUCGAGGAUGAGUUCCGUGUAUAUGGAGUUAUCAGGAGUGUUUGGGUUGCUCGUAGACCACCUGGUUACGCUUUUCUUGAUUUCGAGGAUCCUAGGGAUGCCCGUGAUGCCAUCCGUGGUGUAGAUGGCAAAAAUGGCUGGAGGGUUGAACAGUCUCACAACCGAGGUGAACGUGGAGGUGGUGGCCGUGGGGGUGACCGUGGAGGUGACUGUGGUGGUCGCGGUGGUUCUGAUUUGAAGUGCUAUGAGUGUGGUGAGCCUGGUCAUUUUGCACGUGAAUGCCGUAACCGUGGUGGCACUGGGAGGCGUCGCAGCAGGAGCCGUAGUCGCAGUCCAAGAUACAGAACGAGCCCAAGCUAUGGACGGAGGAGUUACAGCCCUCGUGCAAGAUCUCCCCCUCCUCCAAGGCGCCGCAGUCCUUCCCCACCUCCUCCUCGUGGUCGCAGCUACAGUAGAUCACCACCUCCAUACAGAGCGCGUGAGGAAGUGCCAUAUGCUAAUGGAAAUGGACUGAAAGAUAGACGCAGAAGCAGGAGCUGAGUUGUUUUGCUGGAUAACGAGUUUGUGGGAUGAUCGAGAAGUACUACUUGCAUUGGAAGAGAAGAUGAGAGAGCCUAUGAGAUAUUAAUAUCAUCUAUGAAUUUCAGUAAGAAUUUAAUAUAAGUUUUAGGUGGUUGGAUUGGAUAAAAGCUUGCUACUUUUUCAUUUGGAUAUGGAGUGUACGUAGUCGUGUAUCUAAUCUACCCGUAGGUAAAAAAGAAUGAUUUCGUACCUUGUUUCUUAAAGACGUAAUGUUUUUGUUUGGGAAAUUCUGCUAAAUGCUUAUGUGUUUCUUGUCUUUUUCCACUUUGUCGAGGUUUCUUCUGGUCUACUACUACUACUACUACUGCUUCAUUGCUUAUCUGCUUGCUUCUCUACUCUUCUGCUAUGAAGCAUCUUCAUUUAGUUGCUCAGCCUGCUAUGAAGCAUCUUCAUUGCUUAUCUGUUUGCUUCUCUACUCUUCUGCUAUGACGCAUCUUCAUUUAGUUGCUCAACCUGCUACGAAGCAUCUUCAUUGCUUAUCUGUUUGCUUCUCUACUCUUCUUCUAUGAAAUCUUCAUUUAGUUGCAAGGCUUGCUAUGAAGCAUCAUCAAUUACUUGUUUCUAUACUCUUCUAAAAUGAAGCAUCGUCAUUUAGUUGCAUGGCCUGCUAUGGGAAAAGCUGAACCACGAUUGUGGAUCCCUACAUGGCUUGGUUCAUCUUCAUCGACUCUAAUGUUGCAGAUUUUGUUCAACUGAUAUUCCCUUCGCAUGGCUUAACAUUUCAUGAAUUUGUGCUACCACACUUGGCAGGUAUUUUAAUAGUCUUAGAAGCACCUUUUGAGCUACAUCAUCUUCAUCUUCGACUCUAGUGCUUGCCAUCUUUUAGUACCACUUUAGAAACAGCUCUUUUUGAUUGUUUUGUACUAGGUUUAGCAUAAUUGUAGCUAUUUGAUGAUGUUUAACAAGCGCAUUUGUGUCCUUUGCUAGAAUUUGUCCAUAUCUUGGUUUAUAGACAAAUUGACAAGUUUUCUGUUGAUAUUGUGAUAUUGUCCAAUUAAGGACCCACCCAUAUUGACAAGUCAAGAAUGGACAAGUUGCUUGUUUUUGUGUUAAAUAAUUUCCCUGAA